UGCAGACCCCACGAACCGCCGCAGCUUGGUUGGGGUCUCGCCGUCUCCACCCACUCUGGACCCAGGACCAGGGUCCAGCUUCCAGCAGGUCGACCUCUCUCCGAAUUCCAGAGAGCAGGAACAGGAACAAGCUCUUAGCAGAGCUUAGUGAUUAUACCCUGGGGAGUAUAGUGAUUAUAGCAAUCCCCAGAGUGUAGUUUCUCCAAUCCCCCAAACAUGAGCCGAAACUUCAUGAAGGUACAAGAUGAUCUGACUCCAAUGAGCGUUUAUUACUCCUUAUAUACAAGUUUUCAGGUCAGAGGCACACCCCCUGGACCUGGUGAUAAACUGUGACAAAAGGGACACAAACCAGUGGGAACACUAAUUAACAUGAUAACACUCUCACAUGCACAAUGAAAUCCCUCCUCUCCAUCCUGGAGAUAAUUGGCUUAAGGCACUGCAGUAAACUCAAUUAUCUCCAGGUACAGAAAAUAUCUACAUUUAACACUAACAGCAAAAUACGUAAAAGUACAUAAAAAUACAUAAUUCUUAUUUUAUUACACAGAACCCCCACAUUUAACCUAUCCCCAGAUAGCUCGGAUCUGAGCGCCCAAUCUAGGUGAACAGCGCUCAGAUCCCAUGAACAGAGUAGAUUUUCCACGGGGUAAAGCAUAGCAAGGGCUGUUGAGAAACCAAGGAGGGACAAAAGCAGUCAGUUCCAACUGGUUUGGCAGUGUGCCUGGGACAACGCCCUGCUGGAGAACAAUAGACAGGAAACGGGGGAGGGGAAGAAACACACCUUCCCAUGGAUUCAAAUGGGAAGAAACUGUCUUUAGAAGCCAAUAAGCCCCAAAUAGUCUUUUUAAAUGGCAAUACACCCCAGGGCCAUAGUCAUGAGGAAGGAGGCUGGCAAUCAGGCUCCUCCAAAAGCCGGGGGCAAAGGGCAGCUUGUCACCUAACAAUCCAGGGACAAAAUGCAUUUCGUCACAGUACCACUUUAAAUUAUACAUCCCCUGGUAGCCCUGAUCUGGGUGAACAACAUAUCCCAAAAUCACCCAGAUCAGAACAGGGGUUCGGGAAAUUCAUGGAGGGAAUAAAAUGACCGACCGCGCUGGAAGGAAUAGCCGAAUUGGGCUCCAUGCGAUGGGGCCCUGCGGUCGGUCCUGGAACAAGGGAAUAAAUCAUACAAAAGCCUCUAGUUACAGAGACUGGGGAGGGUUCGCCUGAAUCCCCUCGUUCGGUUGUUUCUAUCUACAGAACGAGGGGCCGUUCGGUAGUUUGGAACCGAACAGACCGGGCUUGUGGAGGUCCCAGCGGUGUUCGCCUAGAUGAGUGUCCGAUUUUGAGUUCCAGACACUCGACGGCAAAACACCGCUGUUCGGGAGUUUUUAAAUGGCCGCCGCCAUGUGUUCGUUUCCCGAAUGGCGGCUACCCCCGAGAACAAAGGACUGCUACUUAGCUUGUCAAUUACCUGUUCGCAACAAUGUUGCAACGGGUAAUUGAAGUCACACUUCACACAGGGGAGGUCUGACUGUUCAGUAGUUUCAUUCGAACAAACUAAGGGAAUGAAACUACCGAACAAUCAGACGAACACAAUACAUUUAACACAUAUAACUUUGCCAUUUACACGAAUGCAGUCAAAACCAAUACAAUUCCCAGGACAGCCCAGUGCCAUCCACUACAGCCAUUAUCAAAUACUUGGUGCUUCUGUGUGCGUGACACGUACCUUACAUUUGGUGAUGAAAAAAGAGAUGUCAUCAGUCCAAUUAAUGCAAUAUUGAGCCUGGAAUUAUUUUAUGUACAGAUAGUGAUGCAAAAAAUUGGCACAGAGGGGCGGGGCCGGACCGCCGACGGGAUCAGACGUGCUUUGUCUGAGCUCCCGCGUCAGGGCCGAAAAAUCGGCGAAAACCGGAGGCCAAACCUAACCAGCGGUCCAUACUGGCGACCAAAUUGACCCCCAGCUGAUGGGGAACGCGGGGAUACCUCACAAGACCCUGCCUGGCAACAGUGACCCGACAAGGGCCCGAAGCAGAAAGGAGCUUGAGCCGGGAUGGGACGGCCGCCCUCCCGGGUCUCCAGUCAGCGUUUGGCUCCCCUCCCCCCCUCUGGACUGGGGGGGUCAUCCCGGUCUACAAGGGCAACCACUGGGGCACAAAUCUGGGCCCAGAACAACCACUCUGCCGUGGAACACCUACCGAGCGGCACCCCACAAGAUGGCCGCCGCUCGCAAGCCAUGUGCGCGACCGGCCAGCAUGACAGAGCCGAUCGCAGACCACCCAGCUAGAACAAGGCAAGUCCGGGGACAAAACAUCUACCACAGCAGGGGAAAGAGUGGGGCUGAAAGAGUUACUAAACCCUCUGACCGCAACCGGCGACCCCUGGGGGAGCUGUGCUCUCACGCCGCAUGAUGUUUCUACCAGCCGCCCUUCCCAAGCAACAACAAGCUUGUUAGCUCUGCACUCGGCUAGAGAUCAAGCCUGGAAGGAGAAGCCCAACUACCACCCAGAUGAGUACCCUAGACACCUGUGAAAGCAUGUGGAUCCCUGUCAUUGUGCAUUGAGCAGGACUACUGUGUCUCCCUGUCACAGCCCACGAGUCUGAAGUUAACCCAUCCUAUAGGCCAGCACAGAGACAACCACAGCCCAACGUUACGCGGGCUUUACAAGGGACUACAGUUUUAACUUUGUCUUGCUGCCUAAGCCCCAGUAUUCUUUGCCAUACACUGCUACAGUAUUGCCUUUCCUACCUAUGUUAACUGGCAACGAUCUGCUAAGCUCCAGUGGUCCUAACUAAGCUUUUGACUAGCCAAUAUGUAAAACAAUAAUUACUACUUAAAACGUAAGCUCUUGUCUAGCCAGCAUGUUAAACAAUAAUUCUUACUUAAAACGUACCAAUCGUGCAUUGCAUAACAUAAUUCACCACGUGUGUCUGACAUGAUUCUUCAGUAUCAGUGAGCUAGGCAUAUAUGCAGAUUUAAUAUUAUAUUAUCUUGUCUAGAUACCAAACGUGCAGUAUAAAUCUGUUAUGUCUUACACCAUGAUAGACACACUGGUUCAGCGUGGUCCUAGCCUACCCCAGAUAUAGCAUGUUUACCUUAUCGCAUGAUACACCCAGCAUGUAUUGUUAACCCGUUGUAUAUUACUUUAAAAAAUGUGUGCAGUCACUUCAUAUACCAUGUCAAAGUUACACAAUGUUUGAUGCUUGAACUACUUGCCAAUACUGUCGUGGUAUCGCAAGUCUGUAUGUAAACGCUUGCACAACAAAAAUAAAGAAUUAAAAAAAAAAAAAAUUGGCACAGCUUUAAGCAGCGCUGGUUUCCUGGCUACAAAUCAUAAAACAUGUCUAAGUCAUAUGCAGGGAGGUGUGGCUAGGUCUAUAUAAGUAAAGUGAUUUACCUGCGAAACAGCAAAGAAUUGAGCAGUGAGACUGCAGGGGCCAUAAUCUAGACACCAAAACAGCUUCAUUAAGCUAAAGUUGUUUUGGUGCCUAUAGUGUCCCUUUAAUGUUACGGUGGGAAUAUAGGAGACACUGCAUAAAUAGACAUAAUGUUAGAAUCUCCUGUUAAAUACUAAUGAAGUUUUAGCAAUGUAGCUGUGGCUUUCUGUGUGUUUAGCUCUAUGGAACGAUUUCCACGUUUGCAUUUGAGACGUUUGGCUUUUUCACUAAAUGCUGAAUUGCAUGAAUGGGCUAAAAUUAGGGCUAAAGUAUUUUAUCUAGAAUUUCUCUCUUUAUCUAAAACUCUGCUUUACCAUUCAGAUUUUAAUUUGCUGCAGUGCAAAGUUUAGUGAGCAAGCUGGCUAUACAAUGUGUCACAGUUGUGUUAAAAAAAACAAAAAAAAAAACACUUUUUUUAUGUCCAUCUCUCCGUGACGGAGCCCGCUCUCAGAAAAUCAUUUUGCGUCCAUGCUGUGUAAUCAGGCUUUCAACUCUCCUUGCCUCUCUCCAUCCCAGUUUGUACACACCAGGAUAAAUAUAGCUGUCGAAGGCUGAACUAUUUCCAUAUAAAUUGCGCAGAAAAAUAUUUGUGAGCCUUAAUAACUCACUUUAUAUGUACAAACAGUAAGGUAUCCAUUUUUACUGCUGAAUAAAAUCAACUGAAAUGAGGUGAACUCUUGCGCUUGAAACUGAUUGCCUGAUUUCAUUUAACCUGAUUUCUCGCAUGCAUUCUUAACUAUUGUGGUACCGGAGGGCAGAAUAAUGAUCUUUGUGAUAUUCCUCUGCCACUUGCAGGGAUCCAAUCCUGAGCCUUCUUUACUCAAUAGAACAACACAAGUCUGCCUUUUUAUUUGGCGAAUACCAUGUUUGCUAUCCUUUCACACUGGGAUGGUCGUUACAUUGUUUACUGAUCAUCUGCCAAUGAAUACUGCUUCCAAUUCUCAGUCUGAGGAUCAAGAAAUUAUUAACUUUUUUUUGACUGUGUCAAAGACUUUGUAAGUUGUGUUAAUCCAUUUAUUGGCAAUACACUGACCCGUAGCACGCAUUGUGGUCAUAGAACCAUUGCCCUUCUCCUUUCGUGUCCCUACAUUUCCCUAUAGUUUUAUAAAAGCUGGAGCAAUAAGAACCCUCUUCUAUCUUCUAAAUGUGUUUAGAUUUCUAAAGAUAAAAGCUGUUAAAAAGCACUCCCCCACCCCCAUUUGCCAUCAAAAUGUUAGUGUUUUUACUUAUUUAUUUCAGUGCCAAGACUCCCUCGGCGCUGCUGGCCUUUCCGUCUCAUGCAUUGUCAUUAAAGAGACGCCCAAUCCAAUGCUUCUCAUGGUGUGCAUGCGCGGCGAGUGCUGUGCACACAUCCAGUGCUUCUCAUAGGAAAACACUGAAUCAUCACAUAGCUGAGUUUUACUCGGUCGUAGCAGCAUGUUUACCCUUUAAGUUAAACAUUGUCCUUUCUGCAAACCGGCAAUGUUUUACAUUGAAAGCUUUAAAUGACAGGACUACAGCGCCCUAAUCACUUGAUGGAAAAUCAAUGGACUCAUUAACUAUAGUGUUCCUGUAAUAGACCAUUUAAAAUAAAGGUACAGUUCAUUCUUAAAAAGAGAGCUGUCCCUAUUAGUCAGAAGCCUCCUGCUUCCGCUGUAUUAGAUGGGAGCCUCUUGCUUCCCCUGUAUUAGGUGGGAGCCUCUUGCUUCCCCUGUAUUAGGUGGGAGCCUCCUGCCUCCCCUGUAUUAGGUGGGAGCCCCCUGCUGCCCCUGUAUUAGGUUGGGAGCCCCUUGCUGCCCCUGUAUUAGGUUGGAAGUCCCCUGCUGCCCCUGUAUUAGGUUGGAAGUCCCCUGCUGCCCCUGGUAUUAUUGGACGUGAGUCUCCUGCUCCCCCUGGUAUUAUUGGUCGUGAGUCACCUGCUCCCCCUGGUAUUAUUGGUCGUGAGUCACCUGCUCCCCCUGGUAUUAUUGGAUGUGAGUCUCCUGCUCCCCCUGGUAUUAUUGGUCGUGAGUCACCUGCUCCCCCUGGUAUUAUUGGAUGUGAGUCUCCUUCUCUCCCUGGUAUUAUUGGACGUGAGUCUCCUGCUCCCCCAGGUAUUAUUGGUCGUGAGUCACCUGCUCCCCCUGGUAUUAUUGGACGUGAGUCUCCUGCUCCACCUGGUAUUAUUGGACGUGAGUCUCCUGCUCCCCCUGGUAUUAUUGGACGUGAGUCUCCUGCUCCCCCUGGUAUUAUUGGACGUGAGUCUCCUGCUCCCCCUGGUAUUAUUGGACGUGAGUCUCCUGCUCCCCCUGGUAUUAUUGGACGUGAGUCUCCUGCUCCCCCUGGUAUUAUUGGACGUGAGUCUCCUGCUCCCCCUGGUAUUAUUGGACGUGAGUCUCCUGCUCCCCCUGGUAUUAUUGGACGUGAGUCUCCUGCUCCCCCUGGUAUUAUUGGACGUGAGUCUCCUGCUCCCCCUGGUAUUAUUGGACGUGAGUCUCCUGCUCCCCCUGGUAUUAUUGGACGUGAGUCUCCUGCUCCCCCUGGUAUUAUUGGACGUGAGUCUUUUGCUCUCAUAUUCCUCACUGUGGUAGUGCUCCUUCUCUGUCUGAGCUCAGACUUUUUGCACCAUGUAAAGAUCACAUCACAUUCCUUAUACACAAUGCAUACUGUUUUUGUUUAUGUUGGACAGUCCCUCUUUUGGCGCCCAGAUUGCCCUGCUCCACUUUUAGACGUGUCUGAGUGUGUAAUAGGGCUUCACAGCAAUGCGACUCUCAGUGUGUAAUAGGGCUUCACAGCAAUGCGACUCUGUGUGUAAUAGGGCUUCAUAGCAAUGUGACUCUCAGUGUGUAAUAGGGCUUCACAGCAAUGUGACUCUCAGUGUGUAAUAGGGCUUCACAGCAAUGCGACUGUCAGUGUGUAAUAGGGCUUCACAGCAAUGCGACUCUGUGUGUAAUAGGGCUUCACAGCAAUGCGACUCUCAGUGUGUAAUAGGGCUUCACAGCAAUGCGACUCUCAGUGUGUAAUAGGGCUUCACAGCAAUGCGACUGUGUGUGUAAUAGGGCUUCACAGCAAUGUGACUCUCAGUGUGUAAUAGGGCUUCACAGCAAUGUGACUCUGUGUGUAAUAGGGCUUCACAGCAAUGCGACUCUCAGUGUGUAAUAGGGCUUCACAGCAAUGCGACUCUGUGUGUAAUAGGGCUUCACAGCAAUGCGACUCUGUGUGUAAUAGGGCUUCACAGCAAUGUGACUCUCAGUGUGUAAUAGGGCUUCACAGCAAUGCGACUCUCAGUGUGUAAUAGGGCUUCACAACAUGACUCUCUCAGUGUAAUAGGGCUUCACAGCAAUGUGACUCAGUGUGUAAUAGAGGGCUUCACAGCUUUAAUCUUUGCAUUUCUCCCAAUUAGUAAUAGGGCUUCACAACUUAAUGUCUGACUCUCACAGUAAACAGUAUGUAGAGACUCACAACAAUGGAAAGCUUUUAAAAGUAAACCUGUUAGAACAUCCAAUUAAUUAAUAAUUUAUAAAUGUAGUAAAAACAUCCCGCCCUGCUUGCCUGCCCCCCCCCCCCCCUAAUGUGAUUGGCACUUCCCAGACCAUUCACAGCAUUCUACAUUGCCAACACUGACAUUCAAACGGAGUGAAAUCAGUCACUCACUUCUUAUAUUCCUCCAUCAAAGGAUGACAGACAUAUUAUAAACAGCUGUCAUAGUGUCUCCGUCUGUAGGAAGUCUCUCCUUUUUAUCUCCUGUCACUCACACUUCAGCGUGGUUGCCAUGCCAGCAUCUUUGCCGAAAGUUGAUGGGCAAGUCUGGGGAGGGACUUCAUUUGGAAAAUAUACAGCAAUUCUGCUACUACAACUUAUAGAUGGAAUGUUGUGCUCUUCAAAGCGAGUUUACGUUCUGUGCACUAGAACAGAUGCAUUUUAAAGUACAAUGACUAUAUUUGGAAACUGUCAAUAACAUACUUUGAUUUCUAAAUUACAGCGAUAUACCUGGUCAUCAAUAGGUCAUGAAGUCACCAAAAUAGCCCAACCCAGUUUUCAUUUCCAGCCUCACCCCCUAAAAUGAAUGUCCUUCUCUGGGCGUAGGGUACUUUGUAGGAGCCACUACAAGUUACUGAUUUUAGUUUUAAUCUGGGAAAACAAAAAAAAAUUCCCCUUUAAAGCAGCCUCAAAAUUCCAAAAGCCUGUUGGUUGUGAAAAUCCAGGCCAAUCCCAGUUUUUAAAGGAACAAUCUAAAGGAAAAAUGUGUAUAUAUAUAUAUAUAUAUAUUUUAGCAAUUUAAUAGAUAAAUACAGUUAUGCAUGUAUUUCAUUGAGGUUAUAUCUAAAAGCAGCUUGUAAAAGCUGCAGACUUUGUGUGCAUUUGUUACAAGCCCUCCCCUUCUAACCCUGCCCAGACUUUUUGUGGCUGUCCAAUCACAGUCUUCCCACUGCAGCUCAAUGAGAAGACUUUGUAAGUCAGGUGCUCUGGACAGUUGCUGUCUAUUGAGUUUUGCUUCACUGAGCUUAACAGGAAGUAACGGGACCAGUUAUCUCACAGACAGUCAGGAGGGUGUAGCGAGCUUCAUUAAUAAACAUUCCAAUUUCUAUCAAAAUCUUCACUUGAAAUAUGACACACUCUUCACACAUAAAGCACUUCAGCAAGCUAGUUCUUUAAGUAUUUGGAGUGUCCCUUUAAGCCUAAAUUGAUUUAUUGUAAACACUUUUCGAAAGCUGCUGUUGUUUUUACUUUUAUUUUACACCUGUAUUUUAUUGUAUGCUCUUUCCCCAGUGGGCUGUAAUGCUGCCAGAUUUUAAGGAUUUCUCUAAUUAACCUGUCUUUAAAUAAUUAAUGUUGUUAAUCAAAAAGUAUUGUGCUAAAUUCAAAUCUGGAACCCUCCAGAGCUGUAGUUUGGCAGUCCUGCUCUAGUGUGGGAGACAGCAGCCAGCGAUGUACGUCAAUGUAUGGCUUUGUGUUAAAACUCUAUAAACGUUUUGUUUUUAAUAUUAAAAAUGUCACUGCUCUCUGUAUAGGGCUCCCGAUGGUUCCUGCCUAAUGACCAACAGCGAAGAUAACAUCCUGAGGAUAUAUAACCUUCCUCCGGAGUUGUAUAUGGGCAACUGGGAUAUACUCGAGGAAAUGGUUUGUCUCUCCUUAUCGCAAUAUACAGAGCUUGAGCUAUUUUUUUAGAUGACUUUCUGAUGGAGAAUGAAUUAUUUUACCUAUGCAAUGCUUAGUGAAUAUUUCGCUAGACAUACAGAGCUAUAAAUAUAUACAGUAACCUAUGGAUGUAUUGCAUACUGAAACGUGGAUUUAAAAUCUUAUAUUAUUCUGUAGCAACAGAUAUGUGGGCAAGCUUCCCUUGAUGGCUCUUUCUGUGAGAAAUGGCGAGGAAAUCGAGGUGAAGAAUUAAUAAAAGGCCUACAGGUGUAAUUAGUACAUCUGGAGAUACCUUGCCUAACUCUCACCUGCAGUACCAGAGAGAAGGGGACUUGUCAUAGAUACAGGUAAAUAAAGGGUUAAAAAGCCUUUUUGCCCUAGUGAGGUAUUUCCACUUCUGCAGGGGUUAAAAGCCAUAAUUUUCUCUCUUGGCUGCAAUCGAUACUCCCUUCUAUUUCAUAUCGCAAGCUGACACAGAGAAGAUAACCUUCGUAUAGUUUAGAGAAGACGUGCUAGACAUGCGCAGUAGAUUUCCUGUAAUACGUAAUGUUAUAUGAGAAAUUAUAAAUUCUGUACUGAACAUCUAUGAUUGGUUUAUUUUGUCUUCUGUUGGACACACCCCUGUGAAAACUGUGUUUGUUUCAUAUAUACGCUGUACCCCCAUUAAAAAGCCAUUAUUUGUCCUUCUAUAAUGACUGGUUUGGAUUAAUUGUACACAAUGAUUAAGGAAAGCAGGAUGUGUUACGGCAUAAGACCCUGUAAAAUUCUUAGAUCCUAACAUUUGCCCAUCUCUGCCUGUGGUGAUAUCAUCAACUUUCCCCUGUGUCCUUGUACCCCAUGGUCUUUCCCCUUUGUUCUAUGUAACAUUUCCCUUUCUUUGGUUCCAUACUUAUCUCUUUUUAAAAAUGCAUUGUCACAUGAGACCUUUUUGCACAAACGGAUAGCGAACUAACUAAAAAAUAGCAAAACGCUGCACAUACAGACUCCAGGCACCAUGACCACUUCAAAUCACUGUGCUUGGAGUAAUUCUUUGACUCUUAUACCACGUAGAUGGGAGUGGAAGUUCCUUUAAUUAGUCUGCUUGUUUCCCUUUUUUGACUUCCAAACGUUUUCAUCUUUGUAGAGCGCAGUCCUACGUAUGGCUGAGGGGGACACGAUUUAUGACUACUGCUGGUACCCAUGCAUGAACUCCACUGACCCCGAAACCUGCUUGUAAGUAUUCUAACCUUACACAGUGUGCCCUGCUACUCAAUGAAUGCACUCAUAUUGUGCUCAAAUGGUACAUGUAUGCAUUGAGGUCGCAUGGUGUGGGAUAGGAUGUUAGAGGCAUAAUGUAUGUCAUUAUUUUACCCUUUUCUUGAACAUUAGCACACGGGCAAAAUGGGGCGUUCCAAUCUUUAUAUAUGGCUCUAUUUGAAUUCAGGAUAUUGAUUUUUUUUUAUUUUUUUAAAUAAUUUCUUUGUAAAUAUACAACCUGUUGUGCCAAUGAGAGAAGGCGGCAAUAUUUUGAACUAAGUUUUAACCCAUCAGUGGUGGCACUCACAAUCUGACAUUUUAAAUUCUGAUUGUUCAUGAGCCAUGUGGCUGGGAUCAGCUUAGCAUGUUGAACUUAACAUGAUCCUAACGUCCUUAGCAUAUUGAUCCUAACAGCCUUAGCAUGUUGAUCCUAAUGUCCUUGGCGCGUUGAUCCUAACGUCCUUGGCGCGUUAGAUCCUAACACUGGCACCGGUUAUAGAUUCAUUUUAUAGAUGCUUAGUGAAAAGACCUUGAAUGAUCAAGUUGACAAAACAUUCCCAUACGUCCAUAUGUCAGAUGAUGGACAUAUCAUGGAAACGCAUUUCCGCAGAGCUUCUCCUUUCUUGGUGGAGAUUGUGAUACACAAUGUUAAAUCUUCUAAGGUCUCAAUCCUUUGAUAAAAAUCUCAUAUUCCCCCAGAUUCAUGUUGUAAAAGGCUAGAUUUUAUGACAUUGUGUUUCUGAUGUCUUUUUAAGUGUUGCCAGCAGCAGCCGUGACAAUCCGAUUCACGUGUGGGACGCGUUCCAUGGGAACCUAAAGGCAUCUUACAGACCCUACAAUCAUCUGGUAAGAAACACUUGAGUGUCACUGUUCUUCACUCUGUAAGUCUCUGAGGGGAGGGGACCACUUGUUAGCACUGCUGAGAUUGCAAGGCAGAGUCAUAUGUGAGAGCUUACAGGGUGAAGAGACAGUCAUAUGUGAGAGAUUACAGGGUGAAGAGACGGUCAAGUGUCACAUUCUAUAAAAAGCGGGGCAGGUAUGUUUGAUACCUCGCCAAGAAAGGAACAAACUUGAUCUAUGUUACUGUGCAGGUGGAUGAGGCUUUCUGGAACCCUGAUCUGGUGACUCUAUUUACCGUGUGAUUCUGUCUUGCAGGACGAGCUCACAGCAGCUCAUUCUCUCUGUUACACACCUGAUGGCGCUCAGCUGUUUUCUGGGUUUGAUAAGAUGGUCAGAGUAUUUGAAACGUCUCGGCCAGGAAGAGACUGUCAGUGUCGGCCCACCUUCCGUGAGUAUUCCUGUAUAUUUUAUAGUAACAUUGAAUCGUGUGCUUGGUACGGCCUCACAGCAUUGUGUUGGUGUCUGUCCUCUAUCCAGGCUAAGUAUUUAUCCAUGUGGGAGAACCCGCUCCUGUGCUGCCUGUUUUAUCCUAACUAGCUAAUGGAAACAAACUAGGAGAUAUAGAAAUAAAUGUGAAUGACAGCCAAGUGAAAAUGUAAAUAAAUAAAAAAAUAUAUAUGUAUAUGUAACGAAAGCUGGUAUUGCAGAUACCCAUUCACCUAUUUCCUCCGAACUGCUAGAGCCUGAGUGAUUAUAGCUCGCAGUUUGGGUGUUGAUUUGAAUGUUUCUCCAGACGAAGUACAGCAUCCAAGUAUAUUCUCUCAGCAAAGUAGACAGGUACCCAAACAUCAGCCUAAACUAUAUUAAGGGUAUGUUUUAUUCAGGCUAACCACCUGGUUUAUAUGCAGAUGACAAUGUACAGGGAUUACAUUGACCUAUUCCAGGGGCAUUCCCCACUGGACCCGAGAGGGGACAGUGACAAAAUACAUUCUGUAAGUCUAUUGGGUCUCAGGUCCAGGACACACCCACUGACAAUCAUAUCAUCCGUCCCCUGUACUGGGGAGAUAAUGGAGUCAAGCAAUUUACUAAACUCCAUUAUCUCCCAACACAAAAACAUACAUUUCCAUAAAUCUCAGAAAGUACCCCAAACUCCAUGGGAACCCCACAAAAGUCAUAACCCCUGAUAGCCCCGAUCUGGGGGACCAACAUAUUCAAAAAUCACCCAUCUCGGUUCAGGGGUUCAAUAGUUACAUAGAAGUCUUAAUUUGACCGACACAAAUUAUGCUCCUGCCCCGAAAUAGUUCCAUGAAAUUGGGCUGUGCGGUCGGUCUAUUUCACAAAGUACAAAAAAACGAAUAAAUGCACGAACGGUUCCCCUGGCUCAUAGGUAGCAUUUGUUCCCCUAGUUCGUGGGAACAAAUCUACCGAAUAGCGCUCUCCUGGCUGGUCGGUGAAAGGAAGCAGGCGUUUGCGUAGUUUGACUGGCGUUUGGGAAGUUGAGUGACACUUGACGACCAAGUACCGCUGCCUCCUUUCGUGCGAACAAGAUGUGCGCUGUUUCCUCUUACAUGUGGCGUUCGACUAUAUAACGGUGGCCACACAGAGAGAGCACUUAAUUGGCUUUGAAGUGAAUGAGUCAGGGGGUGGUCAGUGUUCACUAGUUGUAUCUACCAAACAGGGAAAAACAAAAGUACUGAAAUAACUGGGGUAGUUUCUUCAAAAUAUAUAUAUAUAUAUAUAUAUAUAUAUAUAUAUAUAUAAUUAAAGUGCAACUGUCACUUUCCUGAAUAUUUAAAGAACGCUAUAGGGUCAGGAACACAAACUUAUUCCUGACCCCAUUGUGUUACAACCCCCAUCUAGCCCCUUGGUCCUCCCUUGCCUUCAUAAAUAUAGUGAAAUUUUAAUUGCAGUUAAGUCUGCAGGUGCUGCCUCUGCCCCGAUCUGCCUGCUUACAGCUGCCCUCAUCAGAAGUGAUUCUGUGAGCCAAUCACAGUGCUUCCCCAUAGAAUUGGCCGAGACUGACAAGUAGGCAGAUCAGGGGCAGAGCCAGCAUGAUACAAACACAGCCCUGGCCAAUCAGCAUCUCAGUGCAUCUCUAUGAGGAAAGUUCACAGUCUCCAUGCAGAGGGAGGAGAUACUGAAUGUCAGUCACACUGUGCAGCACUGCCCCAGGAAGCACCUCUAGCAGCCAUCAGAAAAAAAGUAAUGGUGUAAAUUUACAUUCUUUUAUUUCUUUUCAAGGUUGUCUGCAAAGCAACCUAUAAAUAAAAUUGCUGUGUUUAAAAUCACAUGCUUAUAGUUUAGCUAUGCAUUCCUUCCAAAAUAAAUGUUACGCUAAUAUUUCUUCAAUCAAAAAAUGCUCGCUAGUGAAUACAACUGUUUUUAGAGAUCUCUAGUUUUAUAGAGGUGUAUUGGUUUUUCUUUCUAAUCCGGUUCAUGUUUUUUCCAGAGAAGAAACAAGGACAGUCUGGAAUUAUUUCUUGCAUUGCAUUCAGCCCGUGUCAAGAUAUUUAUGCCUGUGGAUCCUACUCCAAAUCCCUGGGGUUAUACUCUCGCCAUGAGGGGGUCACUCUUGCUGUUCUGCAGGGGCAUCAUGGAGGUGUCACCCACCUGGUUUUCUCUUCUGAUGGCCACUGCGUUUACUCCGGUGGGAGAAAAGUAAGACUAUUCCUCCAUAACAGGGUGACAGAAAUCUGUGUUCUGACUGUCCUAUUUAUAACAAGCAGACCGAAAUCACAGAACUCUGACUGUCCCACUUACAGCAGGCCAAUAUCACAGAAUUCUGACUGUCCUAUUUAUAACUAG